CUUUGAAUGAAGUCAGUAGCUGUAGCCACUGAUCUCGUGCACAAAUCAUGCUUUUUCAACCUGUUCCUCUCGCACAUUAGAUCUCUAUGGUCUGUAGCUGUAGGCUGUACCAGAAACGUUGAGCGCAAUGGUGGAUCUCUACUGCGGAAAUGGCUGAUCCAAUCCCCCCCACCCCGAUCCCCGCGUCGCUCUCCUCGGGGCGAUUCGGGGGCGACGAGUGCGCCGCCCCCAGCUCCUGAAGACCCAGCCCGGCGGCGGGGCCGAAGCCGGCCUCCCACGCGCCCUUCUCUGCUCUCCUCUCCCCCACGCGUCUUCCCCCACACUGUUUGCCCUCGGCCCUCUCGGCUCGCCUGGUCGUCCGCGUUGCCGGCGUGGGCUGUUCGCAUGCUCACCGCCGGAUCCGCUCUCCCCGGGUCCGGAUCUACUCUCCCGGACCGGGAUGGGCACUUUCUUGCUGCUGGUGGUGGCUGCCAGCCGCCGCCGAUGUGUGCCGCAGUAUUUCGUUGCCGGUCGCCCCGUCGCUUCGGUCGCCUCCCGCUGAGGUCGGAAUCUACGCGCUGCUGGUGUGGGCUGCCCUCCGCUGGUUGCCCCACUUUGCCUGCUGCCUGUGCCACCCAUGCAUCGGUCGUCGCCGUGCUCCUGCGCCGCUCUCGCUUCCGUCGGGAACGUCUGUCGUCGACUCUGCUCUGCACUAGGGAGUGUUGCCGUCUUCCUUGCGCUGCCGGGGAGGGCUUGCCUAUCGUCUGUGCCCUGCGUGUUUACGAUCUUCAUCGUCACCAUGGCCUGCUCGCCUUUUGUCACCUCUGUUGCUUGAGUUGCCUGCUAGGUUGCCGUGGUGUUACGGGCGGUGUUGGGAUUUGGGGUGCCAUGAGCGAAAGCUCUGUGCCGGCGAUUGCCGACGCUGACAAUGGCUACAUCCACUGAUGUAGUUUACCUUGCUAGAGGCAUUGUCACAGCCACUAGAUUCCUGUUUAGCCAAGUGAAAACCGGUCCGCUUGGCCGGACAGAUGACGGUGUGGUUAUUAGCAUCACUACCUUUUUGGAGGCAUCGCCUUGCUUUGCCCCCCGCAACCUACCUCGGUUGGCCUCUCAUCGUUCGGCCGGUCGUUUAGGUGACUUUUAGCGAGUAGGCUUGGUACAUCCUUUUCUUCCGCAGGGCUUCCGCUGUUGUCUGGUGGGUGGUUGUGCGUUGGGGAGUUUCUUGCUUUGUUGAUGUUCUCUUUGGCUACCACUGUCUAUGUGGUAGGUUGUAAUUUGCGCUUCUGGGGUUCUCCCAUAGUCGCGUCGCUGUAAUUCUCUUCCUCUUAAUGAAAUACAUGCUGAGCACGUUUGCGAAAAAGAAAUGUUUGCCUUUUUAAAAAGAAAAAAUGAUUGCUUUUUUUUGCGGUGUUCCCACAUACCUCACCAGCACAAUACAAUGAAGCUUACGUGAAUAAAUCUGGCAACUCCAUGCUUACGGUGGAGUGCUUGCCAAAGUUAUGCGAAAGAUUCAGUUAGUUUUACUUACGAGGAUGGAUGAAACCCAACCAUUUCUGUUGGCUCCUACUUACUCUGUGGUUUUAGAAACCGUAAUUGAGAAAGUAAAUGUGUCAUAUAGUUGGUAGUAGUUCUGCAUUGAUAGAAGUUGUUUGACAGCCUGAUCUUGAGUAGAUGGGAACAAGAUUAAUCAAAUUCUGAGUUUUUUUCUUUUUGCGAAAAAUCAAAUUCUGAGUUACUUGCAGUUACCUUGUACUUUGCUUAUCUGCUGUCUGAUACCUGAGAGACUUCAAUGCACGAAUUGGCAAUAUCCUUUUAAAAGUUCUGGCAAUUUUGUUGUACAACAAAUGAAUAAACCUGCAGGGUGUACUAUGAAAUGCUCUGCAACAAUUUACAGCCUUUAAAGAGAAUUUGUUUGUUGGAAACCUUUAUGAUGGGAAGAUUGCCGAGUUGACAUAAUUAGGUACUACGCAUGAAGUCACCCUUACUAGUAUCAUUGAUUCUGUGAGGUUAUCCUAAUACCAAAUUACCCAUCUACUAGCAUUCUGAUCAGUGGGAGCUGACUCUCUGACUUAUGAAAAGUAUUUCAUGUGCUACUGUUUUAGGUUCUGAUUUUUAAUGCUGUGGAUCUUUGAACCUUCCUUCAUCACUUGUUUUGGCUUUUUCUUCACGAACGCUCAUGCUGACUACACCCAACUA